UAUAUUCUUGGGAUCAUCCCAAGACCAGACAGUUCUGUUGACCCCGCUGGUGCUAGCAUUUGGGACCUCAAUAAUCUUUGUAUAAUCGCAGCUUUAUGCACCCGCUCCAGUACCGAAGAACAGGACUUCCUGCGCACAUACACCAAUGCCCAUCUCGCUUGGAGCACACUGAAGUCACGUCAUGAGAAGGUUGGGCCGAUCACACAAAUCAUCCUGAUUCAACAGGGACUUGCCAUUAAGUAUAAACGUGCAGAGCGCCUUUCCACUACUAGUAUGCACCUGAGCGACCUUGUUCGACACAUAUAUGUGAUCGGCUUACCAAAGGAGGAGGACUUCCUGACGAUACUCAUGCUUAAUGCCAUGAGCGAGGAACUACUGCAUGUUCGCAACCACAUUGCCGACUCCCUCGCCACCAGCACGUCAUCAGCACCCUAUGGGCCCUCUAACAUUCGUGCCCAUCUUGAUGUCGAACAACAGCUU